AUGAUAAUUACACCUAAAGAAGAAGCUGAGUUCUGGAAAACAAGAAACUGCCAUAUAUGUGGUUACGAUCUAUGUGAGGACCGUGUGAGAGACCACGACCAUGUAACAGGUAAGUACCGCGGAGCUGCUCAUAAUAUAUGUAAUCUGAAAUAUAGAAUUACAUGGAAAGUACCUGUGGUCUUCCACAAGCUGAGAGGUUAUGACAGCCAUCUGAUUAUGCAGGAAAGUGGCAAGUUCAAGAUGGAUGUUAAUGUGAUCCCAAAUAAUAUGGAAAAAUACAUCUCAUUCUCACUGGGUAAGAAUCUGGUCUUCAUAGCCUCUAUACAGUUCAUGGCUUCUUCACUGGAAGCACUGGUAAGUAACCUUUCACCUGAGGACUUCAGGAUAGUAGGUAAGAGGUGGAAGGGUGAGAACUUCAAUCUAGUGACACAGAAAGGAGUGUUCCCAUAUGAGUUCCUAGAUGAUAUUAGCAAACUCAAUACAGAAGGUCUUCCGAGCAAGGAUAAGUUCUACUCAUCACUGUAUGAGUCAGAGGUGAAGGAGGAAGAUUACCAGAGAGCUCAGAAAGUAUGGGAACACUUCAAGAUGAAAACCAUGACAUACUACCACGACCUCUACUUAGACACUGACGUUCUUCUGCUGGCUGAUGUGUUUGAGAACUUCAGGAGAACAUGUCUGGAAAGUUACGAACUUGACCCCGCACAUUACGUGUUAGCACCUAGUCUGAGUUGGGACGCUUUCCUGAAAAAGUCAGGUGAAGAAAUAGAACUCGUAAGCGAUAUGGAUAUGUUCCAGUUCUUCGAAAAGG